AUGGCGAAUUUCCAGUGUCCUGACAGUCAGGCGUUGUCGAUGGCGCCUAUGACGGCAAGACAGAGACAAAUAGAUCGGUUUGUAGGCAAGCUGGUGGAGAAGGCGCGGUCUCAGGGCGAGUGGCGCUCAGCUGAAACAGGGGGCGGAUGCCGUGCGAGCCGGAAAUACGGUAUCAUUUCAGUGCGGCGAGGUCGCUGGAGUAUGCCGGGCGAGAGGGAGGUGCAGCUUGACGAAGGUGAGGACGUCGAGCGACGCACCGAGUUAUAUACUCUCACCAGUGGGGGCCGACGGGCGGUGGAGAGCAGCAAAUGCCAAAUUAGGGCAAGCGGGAGCCACUAA